ACUCUGGUGGGUAACACUCAAUCAGUCAGGAUUUCACAUGUUUUCGCAACAUAAAACAUCUUGCAAAGCAAGCUGCGCAUAGUGGUGCGAUGUGAAACUGCGUCGUUUGUUAUAUUUUUUUAUGUUUUCCGGUGUUUUGUGUCCUAGUUUUACCCGUCGUAAUGAACCGCGCCCGUCGCAGCGUGACCGUGAAGAAGAAGGUGGCCACACCGCCGGCCAACAGUGACGAUGAUUUUGAGAGUGAGGAGGUGGAGGAAAGUGGGGCGGACUUUUCCGCCAGCGAGGACGAAUGGCUGCCGGGGGACAAGAGGAAGAAGGGUGGGACGGAAUCCGACGGGGAGGAGUCGGCAGAGGUUGAUGAAGAUGAGGAGGAGGAGGACCCUAGCGGGGAUGGGUCUGGAAGUGACGAAAGCGUCGUGGCUACGAAGAAGGCGAAGGUUAAGAGGUCCGGGAAGGGAUCUCCCAAGCAGCCUGCUAAGAAGAAGCGGAUGUCCCCGAAGACCCGCGAUGAGCUGUAUUCGCGCACCAAGAAGUACCUGUUGAAAGAGAGGGAUCCGGAGCUGCCACCGUUGAACUCGAGCGUGUCGGACAUUCUUAAAAGUUGUCAAUUUCAAAAGAAGAAAAACUUUUCAGCAUCUCAGGCGGAACCGAACAGGUUGAAGCCCGUUGCACGGAACGACGAGUCCGAGAGCAGUGGCGAUGAGCAUUUGAUAAACCCGGAAAAGCUGGACUUGAACUCGGAUUUCUUCAAUCGGCAAGAGAAGCUGGAGGAGCGGGCUGUGGCGGUGCCACAGUUUGACUGUAACGCCGGCAUGAACUUGUCGGAUAGCUCGGACGGGGAGGAGGCGAGUGAAGGCAAACUUCCGGCGUCGAUUCCGAAGCUGGCCGCGGAUCAGCUGAUCAGCAAGAUUAACGAAUCGUCGAGCGGGUUUAUGAACUUUAACAAUUUGGGAGAGUUCAACAAGAAGAUUCAGGAAGCGAAGGACAUGCUGAAGAACUACCAGACGAAGGAGUCGCAGGAGGGCAAGGACGAAGAUGUUUCAAAUUUAUUGGCUCUGGGUGAGGCUGAGGUUGGAGCUUCACCCGGGAAAAUGGGCCAGGCCAGCCAACCGGGCAUUGAGAGUGAAGAAUCGGAUUGGGAGGAAGUUGAGGAGGCACGGAAGAGUCAGGCUUCGGAGGGGAAAGCAGCUGGUGAUGCUGACUAUCAGAUCACGGUUGAGGUCGAGGGGACCAAGUCGAAGAAGAAGCGGUGGGAAGAGAUCGAGAUGGAGCUGUACAUUAAGCGGCAAAUCAACAAGGUCAAGCGGGAGAAACAGCUGGCUUACCACAAGAGCAGCGUUCUUUGCUGUAUCGCCGAAGGUCGCAAACUGAACGAGAUUGUAGGCUCGGGAAGGGUUCAGGCGAUGAUGCUGUCCUGUAUGCAGGCCAAGCAGUGCAUGCUCAAGGGGAAGGUCGACUUGAAGUUUGUCGAUCAGCUGAUGAGUUGGUUCAAAGACACGUUCCAACUCACGAGCCAGCAGAUGCUGGGGGAGAAGCAGUCCAGCUUGAAGUUCACCCUUGCCUUGGAGCUGUUCACGCGAAAGGUGUCCUGCAAGCGUAACUACGUUCUGCUGUUUCUGGCCUGUCUGCGAGCUGCUGGAAUUCACUGCAGACUGGUCAUUUCCGCGAACGCCCCACCGAAACGACCGGCCAUGAAAGAUCUUUGCCCGAUUUCCGAGCGCCAGCUGAUUGAGCAGUUCGAGCGUGAGUUCAAGGGUAAAGUUCGGAGCGGCGAGGACUCGACGGUUGAUACGAGCGUGAAGGAAGAGGAUACAACCGUUGAAGUGAAGGAAGAAGCUAAGGAAGAGGUCGAAGAGAAGCAAUCGGACAAGAAACCUGCAAAAUCUUCGCGAGUUCCUAAGGUAUUAAUCGAGAAACUGGACGUGAAGACUAACGAAACCGCUGAAACCUCCUCGGACAAGAAACCUGCCAGAUCGUCGCGAAUUCCAAAAGUACUAGUCGAGAAACUUGAAGUGAAGACUCGAAGCCGCUCCCGAUCGCAAACGGCCAAAGCCGACGAACAAUCGCGCAAGCUGCGCUUCAGCCCCGAACCGGAACUCCUGGGCGCAGAACCCAAAUCGGCCACACCAAGUCCUUCCAAGGAGAAUCCAAAAACGCGAAAGAGUAUCCUCAAAGCUCGCGCUUCACCUCGAAACGCUUCCCGAAAGGCUCUGAACACGCUCAACAUCCCGCAGCUGGACGGUAUGGACGACAUACCAGCCAGCUCACCCCGAAGACGUAAUCUUCGUAGUCACGAUAAGGCAGCGAAGCUGGAAACCUCCAACGACCUGCCCUUCACCAAACGCAACACCAACACGCCGCAGGCGACGACUUCAAAGCAGAUCACCAAACAACCGGGACGAGUCUCCAAGCGCAAACUCUUCACGACGACCAAAACCGUCGAACCGGAAGCGGAACCCGUCAAAAAGCCCAAACCAACGAAGAAUCAAAUUCUUUCGUCCGAUUCGGAAUCGGAACCACCCAAAUCGCAAUCUUCGCCGGCGUUGAGCAAGAAGCGCAAGGCGAAAAGCACCGCCAAGGCGGACCCCGAAUCGGACGACAGUGACUUUGAACCGGUCGGCGAUAAGAGGAAGAGGGUGGCGGCGAAGCGGACGCGAGUUCGAUCGGAGACGCCAGAGGUGAAGAAGAAAAAGUCGGCGCCGGCGAGGAAGGGCAAGAAGAAGGUAGAAGUUGUGGAUAAGGAAGCGGACAUCUCGAACUCGGCGGUCGCGAGCAAGACGGACGUGUGGAUCGAGUUUUACGCUGAGAAGGAGAAGCAGUGGAAAACGGUGGAUCUGUUUGCCGGGAAGGUCGACUGUGCGGAGUAUCUGGCGCGCCACGCGACCGCCCCCAUCAGCUACGUGUUCGGCUUCGACAACGCGGGACACAUCAAGGACGUUACGCCGCGCUACGUCCAGCACUGGAAUACCGUUUGCCGCAAGUCACGCGUCGAGCAGAAGUGGUUGGAGAAAGCGCUCAAGCCGUUCCUGCCGGAAAAAUCCGACCGCGACGAGCAGGAAAAUGCCGAGCUGAACAAGAUCGAUCUGGACAAGCCACUGCCAACGACGAUCGCCGAAUGCAAGAACCACCCGCUGUACGUGCUGAAGCGUCACCUGCUCAAGUUCGAGGCGCUCUACCCUGUGGAAGUUCCAAGCUUGGGCUUUGUCCGCGGGGAAGCGAUCUACGCGCGCGAGUGCGUCUUUGUGCUGCAGACCCGUGAGAAAUGGUACAAACAGGGCAGGAUCGUUAAGCCGUUCGAGACCGCCUACAAGGUGGUCAAGUGCUGGAGGUACGACAAGGAGAAGAACGAGUGGCUCAGCAACCAGCCGUGCGACAUCUUCGGGAUCUGGCAAACCGACGAGUACGAUCCGCCGACGGCGGAGAACGGCGUGGUCCCGAGGAACGAGUACGGCAACGUGGAGCUGUUUACGCCCAAGAUGUUGCCGAAGAAGACGGUCCAUCUGCAGCUUCCGGGUUUGAAUCGCGUGUGCCGCCGGCUGGGCAUCGACUGUGCGCCCGCGUUGACCGGCUUCGAGAAGGCCCGCAUGCGGAUGAUUCCCGUGUACGAUGGGUUCGUUGUUUGUGAGGAGUUUGGGGACCAGGUUACCGAGGAAUGGUACAAAGAGAUGGAGGAGGAGGAGAGGCGCGAGCAGGAAAAGCUGGAAAAGCGCGUCUACGGCAACUGGAAGAAGCUCAUCAGGGGCGUGCUGGUGCGCCGCAAGCUGCAGAACAAGUACAAUUUUGACAAUCUGUGAGAUGUUGGGGGAAGGAGUUUUUUUUUGUUGUUACGAGGUUCUAUUUUUUGUAUACGUGUCUUUUUGAAAGUAUUUUUUAUAACUAUUAAACCCAGUUGAUGCCAUAUAGUAUUGUAAA